UCUUGAAUCCCGCGCAGCGGGCUCUCAGAACACCUAGCGUAGUUGAUUGAAAUUAUAAUUACAGCGGCAGAUAGCCCAAGGCCGCUACAGACGCACGGACGUGCUUCCUACAGCAGCGGAUGCCGGCGGCAAUAAAUCUGACGAUUGUGUAGCGACGGAGUCGUCAGACCCGUCGAAACACUCGCCAUGUCGCGGCUGCGAUAAGAUACCGAACGCCAGACCGGCGAGGAGGAAGACGAAGGAGGCGUGCUACGCCUCGGAAGGUCAUCUGAAGAGGUAGCGGCGAAGAAGAGCUAAGCAUCUCACCCUGUCCACAUCAGAAAGUUGAUUCGCGCAUUUCGAACUUUUUUUGCAAGCACACCCGUGCCAUCAUGAGCGCGUACACCAAGUACCAGACUCCGCUGUCAUCGCGCUAUGCCAGCCCGGAGAUGUCUUUCCUGUGGAGCGACCAGAAGAAGUUCUCGACCUGGAGAAAGUUGUGGAUCUACCUGGCCACCGCCGAGAAGUCCCUGGGUCUCCCCAUCACCGACGAGCAGAUCAAGGAGAUGCAGCAGCACGUGGACGAGAUCGAUUUUGCGGCAGCGGCCGACGAAGAACGGCUGACGCGCCACGACGUGAUGGCCCACGUGCACGUCUUUGCUAAGCAGUGCCCCAAGGCGGCGCCCAUCAUCCACCUGGGCGCCACCUCCUGCUACGUCGGUGACAACACGGAUUUAAUCCUACUGAAGGAAGCCUUUGGAAUCCUCAUGCCCAAGCUUGCUCGCUGCAUCCAGCGGCUGUCAAAGUUUGCAACUGAGUACUCCAUGCUUCCGACACUCGGGUUCACGCACUUCCAGCCCGCGCAGCUGACGACGGUAGGCAAGCGGGCGUGCCUGUGGUUGCAGGACCUGCUGAUGGACCUGCGCAACCUGAAGCGGGCGCAGGACGACCUGCGCUUCCGUGGCGUCAAGGGCACCACGGGCACCCAGGCGAGCUUCCUGCAGCUCUUCGAGGGCGACCACGACAAGGUGCAGGAGCUCGACAGGCUCGUCACCAAGAUGGCCGGAUUCGAUAAGGCGUACAUAAUUUGCGGCCAGACGUACAGUCGCAAGGUCGACAUCGACUGCCUCGCGGCGCUUGCCAGCCUUGGUGCCUCGGUUCACAAGAUCUGCACCGACCUUCGCCUGCUGGCGCACAUGAAGGAAGUUGAGGAGCCCUUCGAGAAGACCCAGAUCGGCUCCUCUGCGAUGCCGUACAAGCGUAACCCGAUGCGGAGCGAGCGGUGCUGCGCCCUCUCACGCCACCUGAUGGCGCUGGUGUCUGACCCGCUCGCCACGCAGGCCACCCAGUGGAUGGAGCGCACCCUUGACGACAGCGCCAACCGGCGCAUCAGCCUGGGUGAGGCCUUCCUCACAGCGGAUGUGGUGCUGAACACGCUGCAGAACAUCUGCGAGGGCCUGGUCGUCUACCCCGAAGUGAUCAAAGCCCACAUCCGCCAGGAGCUGCCUUUCAUGGCCACCGAGAACGUCAUCAUGGCCAUGGUCAAGGCUGGUGGCAACCGGCAGGACUGUCACGAGCGCAUCCGUGUUCUGUCGCACCAGGCGGCCGCCCAGGUCAAGGAGAAGGGCCUGGCCAACGACCUUGUAGAGCGCAUUCGGAAUGACCCCUACUUUGCCCCAAUUCAUCAGCAGCUAGAUUCGCUCCUGCACCCAUCGUCGUUCAUUGGCAGAGCCCCUGAACAGGUGAAGGAGUUUGUCGAGAAGGAGGUGAUACCAGCCCUGGAGCCGUACAAAGCACAUAUGAACGUCGAAGCCAAAGUGCAACUGUGAUGACUGGGUUGUCAAGGCCGUCGACACCGAGGCUACGUUAGCUGCAAGGUGGAAAUUCGUUGUUCACUCAAUGAAUGAAAAAGAAAAGUUAUUUUGUACAUCCAGAAUUAAAUAUAUUACUGCAUUUGUUAAU